UGUGCAGGCUACAGUUAAAGAAGAGGUUGUACACUUUGCUUCUCCACCACUCCAUGUCUUCACUCUCUUCACAGCUGCUCAUUUUGCUUGGCAUCUUCUGUCACCUUGUGUAAACUUACCUACCUACUACUCCUAUUGAUUAGUCCUAGUUUAAUUACUCUAAUUAAUGGUGGUUAGCUUGUGUUAUACACUAAUUUUGGUUUACUUAACCAAGCUUAAGCUUAAGAGGAUGUAGUCGGUGAGUGACAGGGAUCAAACAACUGCUGCUCUACCAGUACCAGCAAUUGAAUUAAUGGUAAACUAGCCGUAAUUUUUGUUACUGGUUACCAACCGACAGUUGUAGGAUCCCUGCGUCGGUUAGCUUGUGAAUGUAUUGGGCCGGAAUGAGAAAUGGGUCCUAUUUCCUCAGUUGUGAAGCCCUUUUAGGCCUCGUUUUGUUGGGCCUCUAAUACGGCCCUUUAUAGAUGUGGCCCAGCCUAGUCACGUGGAUAUUCUAGGAUGAAAAAAGUACACCGAAGGUCCCUCAACUUGUCAUCGAGUUACAAAACCAUCCCACAACCACAAAACCAGAUACAGACGUUCCUCAACUAUCAAAACCGUUCGCGUUCGCUUGAAGUUCUUUGUUGGUUUUGACCCUGAUUUUAUUCGAUGUGACGGCUGAGUUAGCGUGGGAUCACGUGGGCCUCACAUGUCAUACUAUCUACGUCAUCUCCUAUUUCUUCCCUUUUCUUCUCUUUUCUCUUCUUCAGCGGGUAGGCGACGCCGACGGGGCCGAGACGGGCGGUGGCACGAAGCUGAGCAGGGGGCGGGCGCCGCCGGAGUUGGGCGGCGACGGGGCGCCAACAGCAGCCGCCUCCACCGUGCUCGCCUGCCAACAGCCGCCGCCGUCCUCCUCCUCUCCCGCCUCGCCCGUCGACGCCCGCGCCACGUGCAGCUCCACCGGGAUGCCGCCGUGCUUCCGCACCGCCGGCCAUCGCAGCAUCGUCCUCCUCUACCUUUCCUACCAUCUGUACCGAAAACAACUAUUCUUCACAGAUCAUCUAAGACUAUAGAUCAAACACAAAACAAACCAAGUAAACCAAGUACAAGACAGAACACCAAGAAGAACAGGUCGCGCGAGAUCUUACAAUUUCCUCGAAAAGAAAGUUGGCGAUUCCUCGCUCCUCCUCGUCGCAGAUCGAUCUCAAACCUUCAGGGAGAAGAAAAAGAUCGUCUCCCACCUCGCCCCGUCGACGCCCGCGCCACCCACGACGCACACGCCUUCCCGCCGCCCGUUGACGCCCGCGCCUCCCCAUUGACGAUGGGGGCGAGGUCGACGGCGAUAGGGGGCGACGGAGGCGUCGCUCUCCCCGUCGCGCCGCUCUCCUCGAAGGCGGCCGCGGCGCCGCCGGAGUACGAGAUGCCAUCGAUGAAGGAGUGGCUCGUCUCCCGCGUGCUCGCGCUCGACUUCCUCCGACCCCGCCGGCGAGCUCGAGGCCGUCGAGCUCCCCUCCUCCCUCGAGGUGCUCCAGGAGCAGCUCGAAUUCGUCCUCCGCCUCUCCACCGACGACCUGUCCUCCUACCCGCUCCUCCUCGCCUGCUCCCUCCGCAAGAACGCCUCCGUCGCCGUCGACCUUGCCCCCAUCGAUUGAUGUCCAUGGCGGCGCUUCACCACCACCACAGCCACCAGAUCAAGGCGCCGACGCCGACUUGGCUCAUCGUGAAGGCUAUCCCGCCGCCGAGGGACGGGGCCAAGAAGCUAGCCGCGGCGGCGUACUCGCCGCUCCUGCUAUCGCCGUCCGUGUGGCAGCGAGCGCAGCAGGCGAGCGUCUGGCAGGCGAGCGCGGUGGCAGCAGGCGAGCGUGUGGCAGGCGAGCGCGGCGGCGGCGGCUGCUGUUGGUGCCCCGUCGCAGCCCAACUCCGGUGGCGCCCGCCCCCUGCUUAGCUUCGCACUGCCACCCGUCUCGGCCCCGUCGGCGUUGCCUACCUGCUGAAGAAGGGAAAAGAGAAGAAUGACGUGGAUAGUAUGACAUGUGGGGCUCACGUGGGUCCCGCUGUUGACUCAGCUGCCAUGUCGGACAAAACCGGGGUCAACACCACCGAAAGACAUCAAGCGAAUGGUUUUGUUAAUUGAGGGAUGUCCGAUAUCUGGUUUUGCGGUUGAAGGACAAUUUUGUAACUCGAUGACAAGUUGAGAGACCUUCGGUGUACUUUUUCCUUCUAGGAUCGAGGCCUCCACAAACAAAGGCCUUAUAAAAGGAAGAGGAUUUUAAUC